AUGAUCCGACUCGCUGAAGAAUUUGCUGACUCUCAACUUAGAUGCAACUCAGUACUGCGGGAUAUCAAUGACCCUCCACUUACUAGAUGCAACUCUUCAGAGCGGGCCACUGUUCCAACAAUAUUCCUUCAAUUCCUUCAACUCAUCACACAAGCACCUACUAGCGUCAUGGAACUCGUCUCUCAGUUUACCGAAGAUGCUAUUGCCAAGGAGGACCGUGUCUGUGGUCGACCUGCUUGCUGUGGCACGAUACUCAAAGGCGCUCCAUGCUAUUAUGUUGCCACCAUUGUGCCUGGCCAACCUGGUCGAUUCGUUUGUGAAGCAUGUUACUUGCGAUACUCACAGAAGCUUUCAACUUCGGUCCGACCCUCUUCAGUCCGCCCUUCUUCUGCACAAUCACAGUUACUUCCAGAUCCUCAUAUCAUAUGCCAGACCGUGAAUGCGGCACAACGCAAGUCAACUAUCAAUCCACCCCGCGUAGUACCCUUCUUGUCUCAGCCCUCCAGUAGCACUGCGCACAUAGGCCGCAUUUCAGGCCCAGAUAUCGCUGUGCCUCUAUCAUGGCAACAAUCGCCGGCUAGUUCCAACCCAAACAUGGUAUCCGGUGCCGCAGGAUAUUCCGUGCACCAUGCUCAGUAUGGUCUGGAGCGUGAACGAUGGGCUAAACUGGCAUAUGCUCCGCCCCCUGCAGAGACCAUCACAUUAGAGAUAUCAGCUGUAUACGAGGGAAAUUCACGGAAGAAAAGUGGGCGCGGCAUCAACUUUGGGAAUAUUUGUGAAGGAAAAAAGGACAUCGACACUCGCUUGGACGCCCCUGGGCUUAUACAAAUCGCUUUAGAUACUAUUCUACCGAAAAUCCUCACAUUUGGAAGGGGAUUUCUUUGGCGCACCGAAGAAUUCGUUGUCCGGGAUGCUACCUGGGUUGACCUAUCUGGACAUUUGCCUGCCAUUCCGUACUUCUUAGCUCAGUGCUUAGUCCAAUCUCGACGCGGACCAAAGACGACAACUUUCAAGACCAGGCAAUUCUUACUCAUGGUUGUUGUGCCUGCAGCGCAGUGGUGUGAGUAUGAGGCAUGGCUGGAAAAAACUGAAGAAGAAAAUACCUUGCGUGAACAGCUCCAACGACACAGAUCUAUCAAUACUGUUACUGAAGAACGAGACCCUCGAACUUCCGGCACCGACUCAGAAGACCCAUGGGCCGCACAACAAGAGGAUGAAGACCCUUUUGGUCUUGACUUCGAAGGACCGGAUGCCUUAUCUACUGUGGGACGUAAUUCCGCUGUUACUGACAGCUCAGCACAUAAUCCGACACGUCCAUCAGCAAAGCGGGCUCAUGUUCGCGGAGAGAGCGACUCCACGAAUAGUACCGUCUCACCUCCUCGCAAGAAGCCAGUGCCUGGUGUAUUCCACCUUCCUGACCGUAAUUAUUUGAAAGAGGCCUUGAAAAGUGGAGGUAGUGUAGAUGCUGUGCGUGCACCUAAAGUUUAUGACUUCCGCAACAAGGACAUUCAAUUCCAUCCAAUCCCUGUGCGCCCACUAGCCGAUAUCUUGAAGACUCCUCAGUAUCGUUCAUUCAAACCCAACAUCUCAAAUUCGUCUAUCGGACAACUCACUAUCGAUGUCCCCAUUCGCAGCAUGAUCGGGAUCGGUGCCUUUAAGACAGCUCAUCCAGGGUGGCUCACGCUAUCUCCCCUGUCCUCCAGUGGCCUUGGGUCGCGUGCUCAGCAGGAUGUUGUCGUCAAGCGGCCAUUUCACAGACCUCCCCCUCACACUACUGGAUUCAGCGUCCUCAAGAUUUCACGUUACGCACUACCAGAUGAGCAUGAAAAACUCCUCAACGAAUGUAACUUGUUGUACUGGGCAAAAUCUCUCCUCAACUUCACUUACGAGUACAUCGAUCACUGUAUCGAUGCCGCACCGACUCCGCCAUCUUUUUCAAUCCCCCGUGUGCGUUUCGUGGAAGCGGGCAUUGCUUUGGCAUUUUCUCGCCACUCGUCAAACACUCAGGGCACCUCCGAACAAGCUCCGAUGGCAGAUAUUAAGGCAGGGAUGUUUUCGGCAGUAUAUCUCCUUGAGGAGCGGGUGACAUCGGGUACUCCUAAUGAUCAGACGUUCACGAAGUUCAUCCACAACAAAGACUACGGACCUUCACUCGACGAGGACGAAUACGGCUAUGACGUAGCCGUCUUUCUCUCGUUUACUCAGCAUAUCCAGUAUGAAAAGACAGAGGGUCUGGCAUUCAUUUCUGAUUAUCAAGGCAGCACCGAGCUUCUGACUGAUCCUCAGAUUUUGACCCACCGCUCGGUCAAUGAAGGAAUUGAUCUUUUCGGUGAUGGGAACAUUGCAAGUGUGGUGGACGACUUUAAGGCAAGGCACCUCUGUAACCACUACUGCAAGUGGCCAGGAUUUGGAUUGGAAGUAUAUGCUUAG